AUGUCAGGAGCAGUCCCGACGCGGCAAACACUCCGCCACCUCCGACGCCUCUGUCUGAUUGACUCGUCCACAGUACCGUCUGCAAUUACAAGAGGGGCGCAAAUACCUCUCCGAUGCCCACAAACAGCAUCAGCACACAAUCCCCGACGAGCAUUUAGCGUGACGGCCGUCCAUCUGCAAGAACCUCGGGCGCAGACGCAGGCUCAAGGGCCGCCUGAACCGACCGAUCCCAAACAGGAGGACCCGACUCUUUCAGCCACUCCUCCGGACGUGACGAACUACUAUACCCUCUUCCCUGUGACACUCUCGUCGGGCCCGCCACCAAGAGGACCGUUCAAUAUUCCGCUCCCGCAUCUCCGCCGCGAAUUCCUGCGACUGCAGUCUCAAUACCACCCGGACAAGUUCCCGCCGGGCACCGCCUCCCACCAGAAGUCCCUCGCGCUCUCUUCCCUUUUGAACAAUGCCUACAAGACCCUCUCCGACCCGCUCCUGCGCGCAAGAUACCUCCUCCAGCAUAACCAUGGAAUCGACAUCACGCACGAGGACAACGCCACGCAUGCGGGAGUGACGGACCAGAGCACGUUGCUGGAAGUCAUGGAGGCACAGGAGCUACUGGAGGAAGCGACGACUCACGAUGAGAUUGAAUCAUUAAUGAGAGAGAAUAUAGCGAGGAUAAGGGAGACCGAACAAGCACUGGCUGAGGCUUUGGAAAAGGACGACGUCGAGAGUGCGAAAAGGGAAUGCAUCAAGCUGAAUUAUUGGCGGAGUUUGCAUUCCGCGCUACACGAGUGGGAGCCAGGGAAGCAGGUAAGAUUGGUACAUUAG